AUGGCGGACGCGGAAAACACAAACAUGGAACCCCAUAAGAGUAAAGCUUCUCCUAAUGGACUUAAACGACGCCUAGAAAGAGAUUCACCGAGAAAAUCCCAACGUAAGAACGACAAAGAUGUACCUGAAAGCUGCACUACCGCUGAGUAUUGCGAGAAGUUGCAGGCAUGGAUGUGCCAGUACUCCACCGGCUAUGUGACUUGGCAGAGCUGGCUGGCGGCGUCAGCUGCUAUGUCCUAUCCUUGUGUUCUACAAUCGGUCAAUGGAACGUCAACGGCACGUCUCGAUUCUAACACCCAGUACGCCAGUGUUCCGCUGACACAUAAUGCGAUUCCCUCAGGCUCUUCAAGUAGCCGAGAAGGUGAAGCUGCGGGCGGGGCUGCAGUCCCAACUCAGCCGCAGCAGUUGCCACAGGAGAAUGGAAAUGCACGGAGACCAGGUCGAGAGUACACCAUCCCCUCACCUCUCCAAAGACUCCUGGCUGAAAUUGUGGACUUCUUUAUACUGUUUUUCAUCAAAGCAUCGAUUAUCAUCAGUAUUAUGCACCUGAGUGGAAUCAAGGAUGUGUCCAAGUUUGCCAUGCAUUUUAUCGUGGAUGAAAUAGAUGAGGAAACGUCAAUGGAGGAGCUACAGAAAAUGAUGCUGGUUGCUCUUGUGUACCCGAUUUUAGUGUGUUUUUAUGAAAUCGUAUGUAUUUGGGGAGCAGGAGGAGCCACUCCGGGAAAAUUUCUUAUUGGGCUCAGAGUUGUGACAUGUGACUCAUCCGUACUGGUUCAGCCCAACCGGGUCCUUGUCGUGCCGGCAACUGAUGUAUCUCUAUCUGCAUCAACCGUGCGAGCCCUAAGCAAGAACUUUUCAAUCGCUUUCUUCUUCCCGGCUUUUGUGACGCUUCUCUUCUUCCAGCACAACAGGACUGUGUAUGACAUGGUUGCUGGCACUAUUGUUGUCAAGCGCUCCAGGGUUAGAUGA